AUGCUCGACUGUGCAAAAGCCAAUGCGAUUCUCAAACUGUUGCAGGGAUGCAACAGCUUCACGAGGCUACGCAAAAUCCAGGCGCAAGUCAUCGUCAGCGGCCUCGAAUGCGAUCCCUCCAUUUCUACCCAGCUUAUCAACUUCUGCGCCGUCUCCGUCUCCGUCUCGGGCUCCCUGGCUCACGCACAACUACUGUUCGACAAAAUGCUUGACCCGCCUACUCAGGCUUGGAAUUCCAUAGCUAGAUGUUACGGAAGGAAUGGGUGUUUGGAAGAUGCCCGCUUUCUGUUUGAUAAUAUGCCUGAGAGAGAUUUGGUAGCCUGGAACGCCAUGAUUUCUUGCUACUCGCAGGCGGGGCACCAUGAGGAGGCGAUGGGGAUGUACGAAAAAAUGAGGAAUGAGAAUGUGGGUCUUGAUGGGUUCUCAAUCGUUGGGUUGCUUUCGUCUUGCGCUCAUGUGGGGGCUCUGGGGUUGGGAGUUCAGCUGCACAGGAUUGCUUGUGACAAAAGGUUGGUUAGAAAUGUGUUUGUGGGGAACGCUCUGAUUGAUAUGUUCGCUAAAUGUGGUAGCUUGGAUGAUGCUCUCUCUGUUUUCAGAGAGAUGAGAAAGAGGGAUGUCUUUACCUGGAACUCCAUGAUUCACGAAUUUGGAGUCCAUGGACUUGGUAAUGAUGCCAUCUCUUUCUUUGAGCAGAUGUUGCUAGCUGGUAUCCGGCCUAAUUCAAUCACUUUCCUGGGUUUGUUGUGCGGUUGCAGCCACCAAGGCUUGGUACAGGAGGGUAUUGAUUACUUCCACCAGAUGAGCUCCAAAUUCAAUCUCACACCAGGCAUCAAACACUACGGCUGCUUGGUGGAUUUAUAUGGCCGAGCUGGUAGGCUUGAUAAGGCACUGGAGAUGAUCGAAACUGUCCCAUCACGGGACGAUCCAGUCGUGUGGCGAAUCCUGCUGGGCUCCAGUAAAAUCCAUAAGAAUGUGGCCACUGGAGAGAAAGCAAUGAUGAAUUUGAUGAGACUCGGGGCACUAACCGCGGGGGAUUGUGUCUUGCUUUCAACCAUAUAUGCCGGAGCAAACUACCCCUCAGGGUUUGCCAAAAUGAGGAAACUGAUCAAAACCCUUGGGGUGAAGACCACUCCUGGUUGGAGCUGGAUUGAGAUCUCUAACCAAGUUCACAAAUUCGUCGUUGAUGACAAGUUACAUCCUGAUAGCAUGCAAGUCUAUGAGAAACUCGAGGAAGUAACGAAACGAGCGGCUUCAGCUGGCUAUGUGAAGGAGGAGGCUGUAAUACUGAACCUGCUUGGGUCUUGGUCUGAAGGAGGGUAUUCAGAGACUCCAAGUUCAUGCCACAGUGAGAAGCUAGCAAUUGCUUACGGAUUGGCAAAAACUCCAGAAGGUACAAGCCUGCGCAUAGUUAAGAACUUGAGGGUUUGUAAAGAUUGUCAUUCGUUUACGAAGUUCGUAUCCAAGGCAUUCAAUAGAAGCAUAGUUGUGAGGGAUAGAGUUCGAUUUCAUCACUUCAAGAACGGAGUGUGUUCAUGUGGGAGAUUAUCGGUGAGACGUAUGGUGGCCAUUGAUGAAGAGAUCUCAAUACUUAAAAGAUCAAGAUUUGUACUUCAACUCAAAACUCAUCCUAUGAACAGGUAA